CCCCCCUUCCCCUCCUUUUUGGUGAUCACAUCACAUGGUCUGAAAUAUGCAAAAUCAUGGGGGGGUGGAGGCGAGUUACUUUCAUUUUAAUCCCCUUUGGUCUUUCACGCUGGAAUAUACGGGCGUGGCGUCUUUUAAAACAUAUUUAAAAAACGAGAUAGUAACCCAGCUGCCCUCCACAAUCCUGCCGCCACCAUGUCUACCCUCAGCAGCAGGUCGGACCAAGAGCUUACCUCCCUUUUGGACCAGUAUGAAAUCAAACACGGUCCUGUGGUCGAAAGUACGCGGAAACUUUAUGAAAAGAAACUUCUUGACGCAAUGAGCAAAGAGGAGAAGCAAGGCAAGGUGAAGAAACUAUCGUCAGACAAGACCUAUUACAGGGAGGAAGAGACAGAAACCUUCUUCCUGCAUCCAGCUCAACACACCUCUCCAAUCCACUAUGAAGAUUUCUCUGAUGGAGACAACUCAGACACACAGACAAAGUACAGCUCUGUGAUGGGCACUAAAAGGUCUCCCUCAAAGAGGGAGAAAUUUGGAGACUUGUCCAGGCAGAUCUACAGCACAGAGGCCACUUACCGAAACGUGUCGCAGUCUAACCCGUCCCCCCUGCCAUCCUCCACCAGGUCCGCCCAGGAAAAGGCCCCCGAGGCGACGCGCUACAUCCCACUCUGGUUCCAGUUCCUGGUUUUCUUGGUGUUUGCUGGAAUUCUCUACUAUGUUUUCGCUAAUAUGGAAACUCUGCCCAAAAAACGCCUCGAGAUUAAAAACUAAGCAGGGCCAGACCUCUAUUAUUAGGUGCUCUGUUAAGAGUCCUCCAGGUUGCGCUACAGGUUUUAAGUUCCCUAGUCUCUUGCACUACCCAGACUCCUUUUUUAUUAGUUCCACUGUUUAAUUGUUUAGCACAGAAAGCAUGUGGGAGGGGGGAGGGGGGAGGGCACGAAUGGUUUAAUUCUUGAUAGUUUCAAUUGAUCGAUUAAUCACCCCAUCUACGAUCAAUUAGUCCACACCUGUUUGCUUGUGACGUGAAAUUGCAUUGCAAAGACGGUUCCAAAUAGUACACAGUAUUAAUCCUUAGCGGUCCAUUUAUUCAGCGCUCGUCAGACGGGUCAGGACCAAUUUAUUUUCACACGCGCCGUUCAAAACGUUUUCAGAGCAAAACAGGUUUAAAACUUUUAUAAGGGUUACCCGUAAAGGGAAUGUGUAUUGUUGUCACUUUCACUCAGCAGUUGGGUGUGCAGUCUGCUUUAUUACAA